GAGGACAGGGGAGAUUAAAGGCUCCUGGCGAGGUCCUGCCGCCACUGGCCUUCGGAGCUCCACCUCCCCUGCGCACUGGAUCCUGCUGCGUGCGACCUCCAGGCCAUGAGCUUCCCCGCGGGCGCAGGCGUCGCCCCCCGGGCCGGCCCCGGGCCGCUGCUCCUGGGGCUGCUGCUCCUGACAGCUGCCGUGGCCACCAGCACGGGCGCCAGCGCCGACCCUGCAGAAGGAGCUGGAGACCUGCAGUGCCUGUGUGUGAAGACCGUCUCCGGGAUCCCUCCCAGGCUCGUCACCAGCCUGGAGGUGAUCAAGGCGGGACCCCACUGCCCCACUGCGCAACUGAUAGCCACGCUGAAGCAUGGACAGAAAAUUUGCCUGGACCAGCAGGCCUCCCGGUAUAAGAAAAUAAUUAAGAAACUUUUGGAGAUUUAGCUAUUAGCUACCUAAAUCUGUACCUUUGCUAUAUAAUGCGUUCCAGUUCCUUUUUACUUUCUAUCGAACUGAAAGAGUUUUCUGCUGUUCGCUGUAUUCUCCUAAUCUUGAAUAAACAAAAUAAAU